CCAACCUCCCUCCAUUCAGACACCGCGCGACCCAUCAUCCUGAUCUGAAGAUCGAAAAUAGGAGGGCUUACACUAAUCAGCACUUCAGACUCGAAGACAAGCAAAAGUGUGGGAUCGUCGAACUGGGUUUCAGCACUGGCACGGAAGGGGAGCACCGGCUUUUGAUCAAUGCAUUUGCCAGACAAAAUCGGAACCUCUGGAGAGUGAAACAGGAAAUAAUAACAUUUCAUCGCAUUUCGUGCAGAGUGCUGUGCUCUUGUCUCCGGAUGAACAGAAAUGGGGGAAUGGACCAUCCUAGAGAGACUCCUGGAGGCUGCUGUCCAGCAGCACUCUACUAUGAUAGGAAGGAUCCUGUUAACAGUGGUGGUGAUCUUCCGGAUUCUAAUAGUAGCUAUAGUUGGAGAGACAGUCUAUGAUGAUGAACAAACCAUGUUUGUUUGUAAUACCUUACAACCUGGCUGUAACCAGGCGUGUUACGACAAGGCAUUUCCAAUUUCUCAUAUCAGAUACUGGGUAUUUCAGAUCAUUAUGGUGUGCACACCAAGCCUUUGUUUUAUCACUUACUCGGUGCACCAGUCUGCAAAGCAAAAGGAACGAAGGUACUCCACUGUGUUUCUCACAUUGGAUAAAGACCAAGAUUCUAUGAAACGCGAAGACAGCAAGAAAAUUAAAAACACAAUCGUAAACGGAGUACUUCAGAACACAGAGAACUCAACCAAAGAAGCCGAACCCGAUUGUCUGGAAGUGAAAGAAAUCCCAAAUUCAGCCAUUAGAACUACUAAGUCUAAAAUGAGGCGACAAGAAGGGAUCUCAAGAUUUUACAUUAUCCAAGUGGUUUUCAGAAACGCGCUGGAGAUUGGAUUUUUAGUGGGUCAAUAUUUUCUUUACGGAUUCAACGUUCCCUCAGUGUAUGAGUGUGAUCGAUACCCCUGCAUAAAAGAUGUAGAGUGCUAUGUUUCCAGGCCAACGGAAAAGACUGUUUUUUUGGUUUUCAUGUUUGCGGUCAGUGGGAUUUGUGUAGUACUGAAUUUAGCAGAACUCAAUCACUUGGGAUGGAGAAAAAUCAAAACGGCAGUAAGAGGGGUGCAGGCCAGAAGGAAGUCCAUUUAUGAAAUUAGGAACAAAGACCUGCCUAGAAUGAGUGUGCCUAAUUUCGGCCGCACUCAGUCGAGUGACUCCGCAUACGUGUAGCACACUUUUAUAGAAUACGGUGGACAAUUUGUGAUGUACAGUUACGUUUAAGAGAAUGAAGACUAAAAUUCCGGACAUUUCCAUUCGCCAAUUGUAUUUCAUUAAUUGCGCGGUGGAUUGAUUUUUGAUUUUCAAUGGACUGCAAUAACAAACGUGUGUUUGUUUUUCUUAUUAAAUUGCACUGAUGCAACUUUUUAGUAACGUUUAUACUCUGUACAUCGCUUGACAGCACAUUGACGUGUUCACAAAUUUACUCGUUUGUACACUGCAGAGCUACUGAGCUCGAGGAGAGUAAAUACGAAUUGCACUAAGUUGUGAACACCUGGAGCCAAACAAGCCCCAAAUUGUGCUAUUGACAGUGAUUUCUUACCUACCCUGUACUUUCCACCUCUUACAAUCAUUCUGUCACAGCGAGUUGGCAAUGUUUGGAAAAAUAUGUACUUCAAAUGAAUUUUAAAUUCUGAUUACGGAGAAUCGAAGUAGAUGAAAUUCUAUAGCUUUCUGUGUUUUUUUUUUGUUGCCUGUGUUCACACCACUAACCUUAACGUAUGUAACCAUUCCAUUGCUAUAUAGCUGAACUGCAAAAUAAUAUCGGGUGGAUUUGCUGCAAACGCUAACGUCUGUGACUUCCUUAAUUUAUUAUACACCAAAGCGCCCAUUGCUUUCAUUUGUCAAGAACUGUUUUCUUGCUUUCGUGUAAUUAAGUGCCAUACAUGUAUAUAUACAUAUAAAUAUAUAAAUACAUUAAAAUAUUCAUCAUGAAAGCGAACUUCCUGCUUGCAUUAUGCUUAAUGCUGCCCUGUUUUGCUUUAAUUGUUGUACUCUAAGUGGAAAUGGCAUAUAAUCCUUUUUUGCAAUUAUUUGAAA